AUGACCAUCAGAACGAGGAAAAGGAAUCAGAGACAGAAUUCGUCUCGGAGAGGUGGAUCCCGAAGAGGGCACAUUACACGGAUUGAUGUACGCCAUUGUUAUUUUGACGAGGAGAUUGAGAGUCAAGAGCGGGAACAAGAAGAAUGGCAAGGACCGCAGCUCGACCAGACUGAACCUCCCAAACGACAUGAACAGACCACUGAGGUUGUGCAGCCAGAAACAGAGCAGCCGGAUAUGGUAGUGGAAGAAAUGAGGCAGAGCACCCUCAAAAGAAGGAGAGUGGGGCAACGUGAGCUCAAGAGCUUGCACGGAGGAAAUUCCGAUGAUCAUGAGCCUAUGGGAAGGUCUAGGGACAGGAAGCCACCCCAGCGGUAUGGAUAUUAG